UUGUGGACUCAGAGCAGAUCGUGUGGGUCAAUAUCAAGGGGUUUUUUUGCCAAAGUGAGACUGUGAUAAGCCCCUGGCAGACUCUAUCGAAUGUCGACGAUAUUGUGUGACUCUUCGGCUGAGCAUCAGACCACAUUUCAGUGCUUCCAGUUGAUCAUCAAAUCGCGACGCGAAUUGCGUGAGUGUCUCAAAAAAAAUAGUACAAAAUAACCUGCUUUGGAAGCGAUGUAAAUGGCGUAAAAGUAGAACAGCGCGAUGGCCUUCUUGAGGACGUUCUUCCGGCAGAAGCCGUUUGUGGCCAACUCACUCAUCUACGGCUCACUGUACGUCGGCGCUGAGUUCUCUCAGCAAUGGAUCACGCGGAAGGUGUUCACGAAGCCUCCGGAGCCUCUGGACAUGGCGGCGCUGGGCAGAUACACCGUCAUGGGCACCGCCAUCUACUCCCCAAUCCUGUAUGCGUGGUACAAGUGGCUGGACAGGAAGUACGUCGGCACCACACUGAAGAUUCUCGUGCCGAAGCUCGCGCUGGACCAAUUUCUGCUCACGCCGUGCCUGCUGGUCAUCUUCUUCACCGCCAUGUCGACGAUGGAGGGCGCCGAGGACAAGCUGCAGGAGUGCCGCGAGAAGAUUCUGCCCACCUUCGUGCGCUCCUGCCUCUUCUGGCUGCCCGUGCAGUCGCUCAACUUCGUCUUCAUCCCACCGGCCUUCCGGGUCACCUUCAUGGGCGUCGCCGCCUUCGCCUGGGUCAACAUCCUGUGCUGGAUAAAGCGUCAGCAACCAAAGACACAAGCCUAAGUGCCUUCUUCCCAACUCUAUGCCGUCAAGCGUCCUGAAUUGAGGACUUCAGGAGACACAGAAGAGCUUUGAAAAUGCCAAAAAUGCACCGUUGUUAACAAUUUUGAGCACUUUUACAAAUUGCUUAGGAAUUUAAAAUUAUAUUUGUGAGCCAAUAAAGACACAUUCAAUGAUGUUACUUUAAUGAAAUCAAUAUUUUAACACUAGACUAGAGAAAAUGAGUCAAUUUGUGCCUAAAAAACUCUAAGAGUUUCACUCAAAAUCCAUUAAUCACCUUAAGAAAUCUUAUUUUUAUGUAUAUUUUCCCCUAAAGGAAGAAACAAAUUUAUGAAUUGACGAAGAAGUCUAGUGUUAAGACAUUUAUAUAACGAAUAUUAUUACGUCUAAGAGGGCAGAAUGUAUG